AUGUCCAUCACACCAAGUGCCGCAUCUGUAUCCUCCGUAAAGACGGUAUCGGUAGCUAUAGUCGGCGUAGGCCUCGUCGGCAGCGAGUUCAUCUCCCAACUCCUUUCCUUCCCCAAACCAAACCACUUCCGCAUCGUCAGCAUCUCCUCUUCCAAAAUCAACGCCUUCGACCCAUUCGGUUUCGACUUCAGCUCUCACUCCGAUUGGCAAUCGUACCUCACAUCCUCACCCAGCCGUCUCAACAUCCACGAACUCAUCCGCGAGCUCUCGAACCUUGUCCACCCGGGAUCCGACGUUAUACUCGUUGACAACACGUCCUCUGACGAUGUGGCGGGGCUUUACCCUACUUUCCUGAGAGCGGGUAUCAACGUUAUUACGCCAAACAAGAAAGCGUUUUCUUCGGAUUGGGAUCUUUAUGAGAAGAUUCUGGCGGCUAGUUUGGAGAGUGGUUCGAGGUUCCUGAACGAAUCGACAGUUGGUGCUGGAUUACCCAUCAUCUCGACACUGAAGGAUCUGGUCGCCACUGGUGACAAGGUUACCAAAAUCGAGGGUGUGUUCUCGGGGACGAUGAGCUACAUCUUCAACAACUUCUCUACCGGGGAGCCAGGCGGACCUAGCUUUUCGGAUGUAGUAAGUGUGGCGCGCGAAAAGGGCUACACGGAGCCUCACCCCGCAGAUGACCUGAACGGUGCCGACGUUGCUCGCAAACUCACCAUCCUCUCCCGCACUAUUCCUGCUCUGCGCGCCGCCCUUCCCGAAGGCUACAAAUCCGUCCAAACCACUUCUCUCAUCCCCGCUGAACUCGAGGGCAUCAAGACCGGCGACGAGUUCCUUGCAAAACUUCCCGAGUUCGAUGCUCGUUUCGAUAAGAUGAGGGCUGAAGCAGCGCAGGAGAAGCAGGUUCUGCGAUAUGUCGGCGUCAUUGAUGUGGCGUCAGGGUUGAUCAAGGCUGACUUGGAGAAAUACCCCGUCACUCAUCCGUUCGCCACAUCCCUCGGCGGAUCGGACAACAUCGUUAUGUUCCACACCGAGCGGUACGGUGCCAGGCCACUGAUCGUGCAAGGCGCUGGAGCAGGAGCUGCUGUGACUGCGAUGGGUGUUAUGAGUGAUUUGCUCAAACUUGUGUAA